AAAGAAGACCUCGAUCAGCCAGAAUAUGUGCUGGUGGGCAAUGUGUUUCACCGACGGUCAACGUCAGACAAAGACCUUGCAAGGGCCGAUUCUGCAAUGCACAUCAGUACGAUCAAAACUGCCGGGAGCAGUGGCAUGUCUCACAUGAACGAAGCCUAUUCGAGUACCACAGCUACUGAAAUGGUCGCUCGGGGUGCAGGGAGCGAAAUCAUCCACACUGAGAUCGACAGCAACGGUAGUAAAGAGCUGGCGCCCAAUGGCGCUCAAAGUCGAGUACAGAAGCCUUCUGAAGAUGCAGUCAGGGCUCCUUACGACUAUAUCAGAACCCUCCCUUCGAAAAGAAUCAGGGAGACAUUCAUUGAUGCCCUCGAUUCCUGGCUUGCGGUGCCAGCUGGGUCGUCAACAUCUAUCAAGUCCAUCAUUGGUAUGCUUCAUCAAUCCUCCCUGAUGUUGGAUGAUAUCGAGGACGAUUCGACGCUGCGGAGAGGUAAGCCGACAGCACAUACCUUGUUUGGCACAGCGCAAACAAUCAAUUCCGCCAAUUGGGUUUUUGUAUGCGCCUUUGAAGAGCUUCGACAACUCCGCGGUGUGGACGCCGCCACCGUCUUCGUCGAAGAGCUGAAGAAUCUACACUGCGGACAGGCUCUGGAUUUGCACUGGAAGCACCACACCUACAUCCCAUCGGUGGACGAGUACCUGAACAUGGUGGAUCACAAGACGGGAGGACUCUUUCGUCUUUGUGUCAGGCUGAUGCAAGGCGAAUCCAGCACGAGUUGCCAUCACAUUGAUGCUGAACGAUUCAUAACACUGCUUGGGCGCUACUUUCAAAUUCGCGAUGAUUACCAGAACCUCGUGUCAGAUGAGUAUACCAACCAGAAAGGCUUCUGCGAGGAUCUCGACGAGGGCAAGAUCUCAUUGCCGCUCAUCUACUGUCUCGCCGGUUCCGAUCCCACGCAGAUCAUGAUAAAGGGUAUCUUGCAACACAAGAGAACUGGAGAGAUGCCAUUGAGCAUGAAGAAGCUGAUCUUGGAGAAGAUGAGGUCAGGGGGUGCCUUGAAUGCGACGAUCUCGCUGCUCAAAGACCUGCAAGAUGAUAUCCUCGAAGAGUUGAAGUCACUGGAGUUGGCCUUCGGAUCUGGAAACCCAAUGCUCGAGCUGGUACUGCGAAGACUUUGGAUUUGACGAUUUCUCGAAACAAACCUUGCAGCACCGCCGGUUGAUUACAGGCAUCGAGCACUGCUUUCUCGGCAACUUCGUUUCGUCGUCAGUCAAGAACCUGAAUGCUGGGAUGAGAUGUGACAUGCAAGGACUGCCGCAAUGCCUGAGAAAGACAAGAAUGCACGGCAUGCUACCAGGAUGCGGACACUGCAGCAGAUGAUGACUUAUUGCGGGAGAGCCAACUUGCGGAACAGACUGCACUGUCUGCCUGACCGGUGAUAUCGAAGAAGCAACCUCUUCGUAGACAGUUAUCGGAAAGGCACCUCGGCUCCACAUCAGGAGGCACUGGGUGUCGCACGAAUCGAGGGAUAAUGACAAGCAAUGGUCCUUUGGUGGCUGAUAAAGCGCCUCUUGACCGAUCUCGGUAAGCCGAACGACAUAAUGCAUUCUUGAUU